CUCCCUCUCUUCUUCCCAGCUCAAUCUAUAAAUAUAAGCUCGUUUCUGGAAUUCCAACCACACCUAAUUACACUCGAAGCUAAUGGCGUCGUUGAGGCUCUGCACAACCUUGCUGCUCUUCUCUCUUCUCUUAAUCCACCAAGCUGAAUCUGAUUAUAUGUUGAUUCAGUUGAACACAGCUGACACACCAGCGCCCUCGCCUCCACCACCUAUAGAUUGCAAUGGAGCUUGUGAUGCUCGGUGCCAACUAUCGUCGCGGCCACACCUGUGCAAGAGGGCAUGCGGGACUUGUUGCGCCCGCUGCGACUGCGUGCCACCGGGAACUUCAGGCAACUAUGACGCCUGCCCUUGCUAUGCCAACAUGACUACCCAUGGAGGCAGGCAUAAAUGCCCCUAGAAGGGUUUCAUCAUCGACUUCGCUUCACCUGCGAAAAAUGUUUCUAUUUUGGUAGUGUAUUGCCAAGUAUGUGCAGUCUUGCCUGACGUAUCUCAGUAAUAAAGACUUCUGUCAUGUCCAA